AGGGGGAGAGGGAGAGGAAGUGGGGAGUGGGAGUGGAGAAGAGAGAAGAGAAGAGAAGAGAAGAGGAGAAAGAUGGGGUGGUUAUUCUAGGAAGAAUAAAGACAGUAGUUUAAUUCCCGAAGGGGCCUCCUUUCCUCUUUUUCCCCUUCUCAUCCGCUUCCUUUCCCAAAACCGAUCGUGGAGAGAGGGGGGGGACAAAUCGGAAGGAGAAGAAGCGAAUUUGUGUGUAAAGUUUGAAUCUUUUAGCUGGGAUCUAUGUUUUAUGGGUUAAUUUUUUGGGACAGGUUCUUGGUUCCGAUGUUUUGAUCUCUGAGGUCUAUUUUUUCUCUCCCUUUUCCCCUCUUUUCUUCUUCUUCUUCUGAUAGCACAGCAUUCACGGAGCCCAUCUGAUAAGAUUGGUGGGUUGCAUUUUUCCGCCAUCCAGAUCGGCGAUUCGGUGGGUUUGCCUUUUGACAGAUCGAAACCGGCCAAAAAGAUUCGAUUUUUAUGGGCUUAACUUGUAUAUCGUUCCAUUUUUUCGAUGCUUAAUCAUGGAUUGUAGAUCUCAUUUAUGUCGGAAAACAUAUAAAAAAGCGCAUUUUUCUCUAACCUGGGGGGGUUUAUCUUUCAUUUAUUGUCCGGUUUGAGGUUUGGAUUAUACCUCGUAAGGGUAGAUAGGCAUCUGAGAGUUUCUCCUUAUUGGAGAUUAGGUCUUGUUGUUUAGUUUGGGAUUUUGCAAGAUAUGUUGGAAGACCGCCCUUAUCUGAUCUCCAGGGUGUUUGAGAGCACCUCUGAGCAAGAAUCCAAUUGGCACUACUUGGCCUACCAUUUCCAUGAGGCCUCGGACAGCAAGAAACGCCCGCUGAAUGAGGAAUUAGGGGAAGAGCAGGGAGAGCAAGAGGAUCGAGGGAAACGGAAGAAGUCUCUUCACCAACCUGAGACCCCUGACAUCGCAGACAUGGAGUGGCAUCUUGACAAUUCUGAUGACCAGAAAAGUGAUGAAGAAUGCAGCGAUCCAAACUACUUCAACCGGCUCACCAGAGAUAUGCUAGUAAGCUGCCUUGUGCUACUCUCUCGGUCCAAUUACGGCGCGGUUGCAUCCGUCAACCGUGUCUUCCGCUCAAUGAUUUGGAGCGGGGAGCUCUACCGGCGGCGGCGCCAGCUGGGGAUUACCGAGCACUGGGUCUAUUUCUCCUGCAAUGCCCUUGAAUGGGAGGCAUAUGAUCCCUACCGUGGACGUUGGGUUGCAGUUCCUAAGAUGCCCCCUAGUCCUACUGAAAGCUUUACUCUAUCAGAUAAAGAGUCGCUUGCUGUGGGCACUGAGCUCCUUGUUUUCGGUCGGGAGGUGAAUUCCUACAUUGUUCUGAGAUAUAGCAUUUUGACCAACUCUUGGUCCCCUGGAGUUGUAAUGAAUUCACCUAGAUGUCUAUUUGGAUCUUCCAGUCUUGGAGGGAAAGCUAUUGUAGCUGGUGGCACCAAUGGUCCCGCUACUCUGAGCUCCGCAGAGCUCUACGAUUGUGAAACUAAGACUUGGGAGACCCUUCCUACCAUGAAUAGAGCACGGCGGAUGUGUUCAGGUGUAUUCAUGGAUGGGAAGUUUUAUGUCAUUGGUGGAAUGACUAGUGACAAUGAGGUGUUGACGUGCGGGGAAGAGUAUGAUCUGGAGCAACGUUCAUGGCGGCUGAUUCCAAACAUGUCUGCGGGUCUCAAUGGUGCAAGUGGUGCACCACCACUUGUAGCUGUGGUGAACAAUGAGCUUUAUGCAGCUCACUAUGCUGAUAAGGAGGUAAUGAAGUAUAAUAAGGAGAAUAAUACAUGGGUCAGAUUGGGAAAGUUGCCCGAGAGGUCUGACUCAGUGAAUGGCUGGGGCCUCGCGUUCCGAGCAUGUGGUGAGCGACUAAUAGUAAUUGGUGGGCAGCGAGGAUCUCAGGGAGGGAUGAUUGAGCUAAAUUCUUGGAUUCCAGAUGGAGGGCCACCCAAGUGGAAUAUCAUUGCCAAUAAGCAUUCAGGAAACUUUGUUUUUAACUGUGCCGUUAUGGGCUGCUGAUUUCUCUAAUUUAUUGCAACUUGUAUUUUACUUCUUGCAAGAAGGAUGCACAAUGCUGUCUUGUAAGAGGACUUAGAGGAGCAUAAAUCACUAAUUCUGCCUGAACGGUAGUUUCUGCUUUUUUCUGAAAUUUUAUUUGAACUGAUGGUUCAACUGA